CUUUCCGUAUACGUAGGCGCAUUUCAGACAACAGCCAGUUCGAAAGCGAAGAGAGGGAACGACCAAGUCAACGGCAAGCCAAACCAAGCGAGAGAGACAUCUGGAAGGUCAAAGUCGGGCAACGUAGCUGAGCUCCGAGCUCCAGAUUGACUCCUUCCUCUUCUUAAGUCAGGCCGCCGGCUCUUCUCCACUCCACUCCAAAUCACAAGAGGCCGCCGCCGCCACCACCAGGAUGCCUGUCAUUUUGUUGGCAGAAGGGGCGGGGCCAGGCAACCUGACCAUCGUUCCAAUCGCGCACAUCAACGUUGCCGCCAGCCACAGCCACCACUCGGUCAAGGGGAGAGUGGUGCACAAAGGACAGCUGCUGGAGUCAUCGAGGGACAACUUCUUCCUGAAGACCAUCAUUGAAGACGACUCGGGGCCUCGGGAGGUGUCGGCCAUCAACGUGGUGCUGCUGGACAAGUUGGCCAGCGACUUCUGCCCGGCUGUCAAUCAAGGGGACGAGGUGACGCUCUCGGGCUUCACCGUGCGCGAUUGUCCCACGGUGGAGAUGGGCAGGCAGCAUCCCUGCGUCCUGGAGAUGUUGGGAGAUCGAGCCUUUGUUCACGUGUCUUGGUCCCCGCCCACUGACCUCUCGGCUCCACAACAAGCCCAGAAGAACAAAGGUCCAGCGACUUCCUCGGCAUCUCGCGUCCCGCCCGCUGACCUCCUGGCUCCACGACAAGCCCAGAAGAACAAAGGUCCAGCGACUCCCUCGGUUUCCAGCAAGCCAACGCGCACGUACGUCAAGCUCGGGGACCUGAAACCCGGAGAUGUGGUCAACGUGUACGGCGUGGUGGUCUUCUUCAAACGGCCAUUCAAGAGCCGCGGAACAGAUUACUGUUCCAGCCUGAAGAUCACUGAUCAAUCUCAGAAAUUGAUCAGCUGCACCAUUUUCUGCCCCACACUGGAGUCGCACCCGCAAAUCUUCCAGAAUGGCGACAUUGUGCGCUUGCACAAAGUCAAGACUAAGCUCUACAAGGGUUCCCUCGCCCUGAUCAGCAGCUUCGGCUUUUCCGCCAUGACCUUCAGCGGAAAGGAGGGCGACGACUUUGAGCCUCAGACCUCCAGCCGGAACUCCUCCUCCACCGAGGACGACUAUCAAAACGUGAAGGCGCUGCGGUCCUGGGCGGCCGACCAGGACCUGCUGCACCCGGACCCCGGCGUGCCGCUGUCGGGCGUCCAGCCCGAAAUGUACUUCAACCUCACCUGCCAGCUGCUCGCCAAAGCGCCCGUGGACUCCACCUGCACGCUGCUCAGGGUGUGGGACGGCAGCCGGUGUCCUCACGCUCUGCUGCAAGUGACGGUGGACCCGGACGUGACGGAGGGCCCCGCCUUUUUCUCCGAGGAGCAAGAGAUGCUCAUCGCUAACGUGCUGGUGUACGACAACCACGUGGAGUGCGCCCGCCGCCUCAAGCCCGGGGACUUCCUGAGGAUCUUCAACCUGCGAGCCGUCCGGGUUCCGUCAAGGUUCCGAAAGAGCGGCAGGCAAGUGGAGGAGGUCAACCUUCUGGCCUUCCACCUUCACGGCGGCACGGCGUACGGCAGGGGCCUCUGCGUUCUGCCCGACAACAAUCCCGAUGUCCCAAAGCUCAAGAGGGCAAUGGAGCUUUUCCAUGCCGCCAACCAAAGUCAACGACUCUGCCAUGAUGGAAGGGAUGAUGCGCCUCCGCACUCUGCAGCGGGCGGAGCUUCCAUGGAGUUUGGCACAGUGAGAAGGUGCGCUCACGAGGUGGCGCCCAUCACGCUGGGCGAGCUGCUGCGUCACGAGCCGGGCGGCUUUCAUCACGUCCGAGCCCAGCUGGCCUCCUACGAGCCCCAGAGGCUCCACCGGGCGCUCAAACUUUACUGCAGCAAGUGCAACGCCAUGGAGGAGGUUCCCAACGACUUGCACGUGGAUGAGCGUUUUUAUCCGGGGAGUCGGGCCAGCCCAGUGGGCCUUACGUUACAUGCUACACGAACUAACGCCCGUAUGGCAGCCAAGUACCUGAAUGUGGUUCCUGUCAGUUUGGCACCAGAUGGUGCCCUGGCGCUGUUGGACCUGAGCGCGCCCUUCCUCUUGUGCGGAAGGAAGAGCUUCUACGGGUGUAAGCGGUGUUCAAAGGAACCCGCCAUCAUGGACCCCACACUCCAAGGAAGCAAAGUCAUAAAUGAGAAGGACGUCGCCAAAGCAUUUGGCAUUCCUCUGAAGUUGGUCCUGGUGCUGAAGUUCCGCCUGCAAGACGGCGACGACACACUGGACGCCUUCCUGUGGAGGGACGCGGAGACCUUCUUCAAUGUGUCGGCGGAAGACGCAGCGACCAACCAGCAGGCUCAGGAUCAAGUCCGACGAACGCUGGACUCGCUUUGUCCCCCAGAGGGCGCUACAGGUGAACGUCCGUGGCUUGACUUGUGCGUGGCGUCAUACAGCGAUCGCGACGCUAACGCGGACGGAAACGCAGAAACCUUCUACCAGGUCUGCCACACGAGCGCACGAACAUCUUCAACGUUGACGUAGGAAAAGUCAUUUUUGCUGGAUUAUUCAAAAAUGCCAAUCAACCAAAUUGUUGUGUUUCUUUUCUCAUGUUGCUUCUCUUCAAAUGGAAUACAGGCAGGCCCAACCUCAAGUUUUUUUUUGCUUUCUGUGAGUCAGGUGCAAGAUUUGAUGUCUAAUUGGAAGUGAAAAGUGAGGAAAUCUGUAAAAACGUACGAGGAGACAUAUUGGGACUCGUUUACAAGCAGUGAAAAAUACAAGUUAUUUAUGUUGUCGUAGUUCUUGACGAAGCGAUAUGCUGCUGCCUGUUCAGUCAAUAAAGUCUUUUUGGUGGCCAGUUUCAUCUCGAAUCACAUUAAUUGA